AAGAGAGAUCUGACAGCAAUUAUAGCAACUGCUGUGAUUGUGGGAAUAGUCAUUUUCGUUAUUGCUAUAUGCUUUUGCUGGAGAAGGUGGAAGAAAAUACAAGAAAGAAAAAGCACAGAAAUGCAGUUUUCGGAUAGAGAAGCAUCAUUAGUGGCUUCGGAUAGAAACAUGCUUGGAGAGAAUUUGGGCAAAGUUAAUGUCCAGGAGGUAGUGCUAUAUAAAUUGGAAGAAAUGGCGGCAGCAACAAGCAACUUUAGUGACACCAAUAAGCUAGCACAGGGUGGAUUUGGACCAGUAUAUAGGGGGAGACUGUUAAAUGGGAAAGAAAUAGCAGUCAAAAGACUAUCGAAAGCCUCAAGACAAGGGUUCCAGGAGUUUAUGAAUGAAUUGGAGGUCAUUUCCAAGGUCCAACAUCGAAAUCUUGUUAGAGUCCUUGGAUAUUGUGUUGAAGGAGAUGAGAAUAUGAUAGUUUAUGAGUUCAUGCCAAACAAAAGUCUAGACGCUUUUAUUUUUGAUCCUCUCAAAGGGGAACAUCUGGAUUGGAAGAGACGGUUCAGCAUUAUUGAUGGAAUUUGUCGAGGCCUACUAUAUCUUCACCGGGAUUCUAGACUCAGGAUAAUUCACAGAGAUUUGAAAGCGAGUAAUAUCCUGUUGGAUGAAGAGCUCAAUCCUAAAAUUUCUGACUUUGGAACAGCUAGGAUAUUUGGAAGCAACGAAGACCAAGAAGAUACGCGAAGAAUUGUGGGAACCUAUGGUUACAUGGCUCCUGAAUAUGCAAUGGAUGGGCGAUUUUCGGAAAAAACAGAUGUCUUUAGUUUCGGCGUGAUACUGUUAGAGAUCGUAUCUGGAAGACAGAGCACUGGUAUUAUUGAGGAAGAUCGAUCCUUGAGCCUUCUAGGAUACGCGUGGAAUUUGUGGAAGGAAGACAAUGCUCUAGCACUAGUGGACCCAAAAUUCUCCGUCAGAUACUUCGAAACUGAGGUUGAAAGGUGUGUAAAAGUGGGUCUUCUUUGCACACAAGAACUCGCAAAAGAUAGGCCUACCGUUUCAACUGUUAUUUCGAUGCUCCACAGUGAAAUUGUGGAUCUUCCUGAUCCAAAUCAACCUGCGUUCACUGAGAGGCAAACAACUGGAGAUACAGAUUCCUUGGAACCUAGCCCAGAUGGAUGUUCUAUCAACAAUGUUACUCUCACCACUAUUAUAGGCCGAUGA